AUGGCACCACCUCCACCAAGCGAACCCCCAGCGGUUAAGAAACGCGGACGCCCGAAGAAAGUCGUAGCCGAGGAUGCGGGGGCAACACCAGCGGUCGAAGCGAGCAAGGUGGCUGUAAAGAAGGUGGCCGCGAAGCCUGCUGGGAAGGCGAAACUUGUGGAAGUCAAGAAGGAGAAGAAGACGGUUGUGAAAAGCGCAAAGACGGUUGCCCCUGCUGCCACUCCUGCCGCGAAGAAAGAUGCGCCUGAGUCGCCAAUUGCGUCCGCACAACCCACGCCCGUUACGCCGUCCACAAGCAAGAUAUUAGAGGAGGUACAAGCGAAAGGGACGUUGAAGAAGGCACAGGCUGCGAAGGUUAUGGAGAAGGUAGCGUCGAGUACGGACAAGAAGACUGCGCCGCCACAACCCCAGACCCAAGAACCGACAACGAAACCAGCGUCCUCGCCGUCGAAACCAGCAUAA